AUGAGCCACGAGCAGCUUAAUCACUCUCUCGAGGAGAGCACCAAUCAGCUGACCAAUGAGACCACAACUCCUCCUAGGUUGGCAUCGAUCGAUGUUCUGUCUGACUGUGUGCGAUUGGCUGGUGUCGCCUCUGAGUCAGCCGAGCAGCUGAACAGACAACCUUCGGAAGCAACCAAUCAUAAUAAUCGCAAGCUCACCAUUGAUGAUGUGAAAAUGUAUCGCAGCAGUGAGGUCAUAUCGACAACCGUCUCACCGGCAAUAACAAAUAGCACAAACGGGGAUUUAUCACCGGUAGUCAGCAUGACCUGGUCACCGAUGCCUUUGCAGAAGGCGGACACUUUGGCUGAGGUGGAGAGCAAGGAGGUCGAAGCGGUACUGACCCAUGCUGAGAUCAUGCGUUUGGUGGCACAUCGUCAAACUGAGGACAACGAACCAGAGGAAGGUGUUCCCAGGAACAACGAAGUGGAAGAAUCACCAAAGACCGAUGCUACAUCUCUACCGUCUGCUCCAGAGUGGAAGAGAAAGCAGGGAGAUGAAGAAAAGGCAAACGAGGAAGAGGAGGAGGCCACGGUCGAUGGUAUAACGCCUCCACUGCCUUCUCCCACCACAUUGCCUCACAAAUUCAAUUGUCAAGGCAGCGUGGACCACUCCUCACAGAAUCACAGUUCCACCACUUCCGAGUCCUUUGCUACCCAGAUCCAACGUCCAGGGGCCUCCACGAUGAUGCUGGAACGUGCCGACACUGUCCCCUCAGACUCCACUCCUCUCUCUUCGUCCACCGCAUCUCCCUCUCCACCGAAACCAGAGGUAAAUCUCGUUACUCGCAGCGCUGUUGUGGAUCCACCUUCCGAUUUUGCUGACACUUCAUCGCCCCAGAAGGACAUCUACUUCCCAUACCUUUCCAAAGUCCGCAAUCUAGACCAAGACGAAUGUGGACAAAAGACACUCUACCAGCCUCUGCGAUUCGAUAUACCUAUCCGAGAUCCUUUCACCCUCCCAUCUCGAUCACAAGAGCUCAGCAUCAGUGUGGAGCAACCAUUCGAUUCGUUUACAUCCUCUCCAGCAAAAACAAGCGUUGCAGAACUCUCGCCAUGGCCGAAUGAGAGGCUAGUGAACGUACCCUUACGCGUAGACAAUAGUUCACUUCUCUUGCGUCAUGGAUACACGCCGCACCGAGGUUAUAAACCCGGUCAUUUGCGAAAUCAAUCGGACGAAGAAGUGGGAAUGAAGGAAAAUGAUGAGGUCGAGCCGAGACCGACGGUAGUUCGGGGAGGCUGUGCGCCACCGAUAGACGAACCUAUCAUUGUUGCUGAGUACCACGUGCCUCUGUGCGAUGAGGAGGAUGAUGAUGAUGACGGGAGUGAAGAGGAACCAAAGGAAAUAUCAGAACAGGACAAAGCGGCGGUCGCGCCAUUUAAUUGGAGCGCCGCGUCUGCUCGUGUUGAUAGGAUUCUCCCCGUUGAAACUCAGGUUAUGCCAAACCUUCCGGCCAUGACAACCGUCAUCCUUAGCCAGGAGAUUUUGACUCCUAAGAUGGACAUUAUCGAUACUUAUCACAAAGAAAUGGAUUCCUUUCCGGAACCCAGCACUGAGUCUGUUACCGAGAGACCUGUGGUUUCUCCUCCAAGAAAUAUCAGCCACGAGAACGUUGGUGGACGGAAAUCGACAAAAAUGGAGCCCUUUCUACAGAGGACUCUAAUACAAAUUUCCAAGACAGAAGGUACAGAAGAGGAGGAAAAGUACCAGGAACAAACUUUGCCAUCUCCGACUUCUUCCGGCUCUGCCUCCGCCACCACCUUUGAAAUGCCCGUCUCCCCAACCAUUGUGCAGGUCUUUUGGUUUCUCCUUGUGUUUCUCUUCGUCCACCAUGUCCUCAAAGUUCUUCGUGUUGGCCCAAUCCUGGGCUUUUUCGGUGCCACGGGCCCUGAAGCCAUUGGCUAUUGGAGCGCCAUGGAGGCCAUGGUUGACUUUCUCCUCUUUCGACUCCUCUAA